UCAGCCUACCGCGGCAUCUCAGGCCGGCCUCCGGCCAUGUCUUCCCUGCGCUGUGCCACCCCUAAACUGAGGAACUACUUCAGGGACAAAUACAUCCCUCAGAUCUGUGAGGCGCUGCUAUGUGGGUUACUUGUGACAUGUCCUGACGAUCCACUGAGAUAUUUAGAGCAAAUGAUCAAAAUUAUCAUUAAAAAUGGUCUGGAAAACCUUCUUUGGGACAUGUGCAUUGAUCCGGCACUGAAACCAAGACUUCGGAGACUCUCUGAAACAUACUUGGAACAACUUUUUGGACUGGAUGACCAACUGGUGACUCCAGAGCUGAUGGUGAAAGCCUGCACAUUUUACACUGGACAUUUAGUCAAGAGCCAUUUUGGUGGUUGGAAGGAGGUCGCAAUACCUCGUGCAAAUCAGGAGGCAAUCAUGGCCGAAAAAAUGAACAGAGCAAUAGAACAUUAUAAUUCCAGAUGUCUGAAAUCAUUUUUCAUUCACUGGUUCUCCUAUGUGAAGACCACUAGAGAAAGACUUGUAGUUUCGCUGCUCCGCUUGCGAGAGAUGUUUUAUACCCAAAGGAAAAAAUUUAUCCUAGCAACAUGGAAGGAGAAAGCCAGACAGAGGAGUAAAUCAAGAGAAGACGAUUUGAUUUUAAAGCACGAACUUCAGCUGAGGAAAUGGAAGUACAAGCUUUCGAAGUCCAAAGCAGUUGAGGAAAAGCCCAUUAGCCCUGAGCGAAGUGCCUCUGACACAGCCCUGGCGGCUGUACCUGUGGAAUUUGAUGUCGCAGCGCUGCCAGACGGAGCCAUUGCGCAGAUUUUCUCGUACCUCAGCUUUAGAGAGACGAUCACGUGCGGUCAGGUGAACCGAUCCUGGAUGGCACUGACACACAGGGGCUUCCUGUGGAGUGCGAUUGAUUUUUCCACAUCGAAAAACAUCGCCGAUAAGUGUGUAGUGACUACUUUGCAAAAGUGGCGUCUAACCGUGCUGCGCCUGAACUUCCGAGGGUGUCACUUCCGAACAAAAACCCUGAAGGCUGUCAGCCACUGUAAAAACCUGCAAGAGCUGAACCUCUCAGACUGCCAGUCCCUCACAGAUGAAUCAAUGAGACACAUUUCCGAGGGCUGCCCUGGCGUCCUGUAUCUGAAUCUGUCCAACACAGCGAUCACCAACAGGACGAUGCGACUCCUGCCCAGGUACUUCCACAACUUACAGAAUCUCAGCCUGGCGUAUUGCCGAAAGUUCACGGACAAAGGCUUACAGUACCUGAACUUGGGGAACGGCUGCCACAAGCUCAUCUAUCUGGACCUUUCCGGCUGCACCCAGAUCUCAGUGCAAGGCUUCAGGAACAUCGCCAGCAGCUGCACGGGCAUCAUGCACCUGACCAUCAACGACAUGCCAACCCUGACCGACAACUGCGUAAAAGUCUUGGUUGAGAAGUGUCCCCGCAUCUCCACGGUGGUUUUCCUUGGCUCACCACACAUCUCUGACUGCGCCUUCAAAGCUCUUUCUUCCUGCAACCUCAAAAAAAUUCGAUUUGAAGGAAACAAAAGGAUUACUGACGCGUGCUUCAAAUAUAUAGACAAGAACUACCCAGGUAUUAAUCACAUUUACAUGGUGGACUGCAAGGCGCUAACGGACAGCAGCCUCAAGUCGCUUUCUGUGUUGAAGCAACUGGCUGUGCUGAACUUGACCAACUGUGUGAGGAUUAGCGACACCGGCCUGCGGCAGUUUCUUGAUGGUCCCGCAAGCGUGAGGCUCAGAGAGCUCAACUUGACUAACUGCACCCUCCUGGGCGACACCUCCAUCGUGAGACUGUCGGAGCGCUGCCCUAAUUUGAACUAUUUGAGCUUACGAAACUGUGAUCAUUUGACUGACAUCGCAAUUGAAUUUAUUACAAGCAUGCUAUCCUUGAUAUCAAUAGAUCUUUCUGGAACACUCAUCACAAAUGAGGGCUUGAGCACACUUUCCAGACACAGGAGACUGAAGGAACUUUCUCUGUCUGAGUGUAUCAACAUCACCGACGUUGGAAUUCGGUCGUACUGUAGGACCUCGCUGCACCUGGAACACCUGGAUGUCUCCUUCUGUGCCCACCUCACGGACGAAAUUAUAAAGACCGUAGCCAUCUUCUGCACGCGAAUCACGUCUCUCAACAUCGCGGGAUGUCCAAAGAUUACUGAUGGAGGCCUAGAGGCCUUAUCUGCAAAGUGCCAUUAUCUGCACAUCCUGGACAUCUCUGGCUGCAUCCUCCUUACAGACCAGAUCCUUCAGGGCCUUCAAAUAGGCUGCAAACAACUCCGGAUCCUCAAGAUGCGAUACUGCAGGUCCAUCUCCGCGGCGGCAGCUCACAGAAUGUCCGCUGUGGUCCAGCAUCAGGAAUACAGCUCCAGCAACCCUCCGAGAUGGUUUGGGUAUGACUCCGAAGGCAAUCCUCUCGCAGAGCCUCACAGUAGAAUGCCAGUUAGAAAUUACUCAGAACUGAUAGUCAAAGAGGCUUUCAGCAGUGAUGAAGAAAGUCCCGACUCCAACGUCAAAUAGGAAAAACAGAACAUCUGGAACUGAUUUUGAUGUUUCUCCAUUUGAUGUUCAUAUUGUUAGUUGCUGGCUCCCAGUAACAACACAGAAAAGCCACAUGCCUCUGUGUCUUCCUUCAAAGCAAACAUCACCUCUCUCUCAUGAGACCCCCACGGUAACCGGUCAAUUUAUUUUCAAACAUUUAUUUAUUUAAUGAAUGUGUGCCCGUGUGAGACUGUGUGUGUGCAGAGUCCACAAAGUCUGAGAACUGGUGUCACAGAGGACUGUGAGAGUUAUGUAGGUGCUGGGAACUGAACUUGGGUCUCCAAGGCCAGUCAAGACUUUUGACCACUAAGUCAUCUCUCCAGUUCCAAGCAAACUAAGUUUAGUGAGAUGAUCAGACCCAGGGUUACAACACAGGAAGCAGCUCGGAAGACAUGGCUUUUGUUUUUGAAGCAAGUAGGACAUGCUCUCCAGCCAGGACCAGGAAGUGGAGAUGCCACUGAAACCAGUCAGCUCUCCAGGACAAGGAAGUGGAGACGCCACUGAAACCAGUCAGCUCUUGAGCCAAGGUGAUGGACGCCUCUGAGGUCUGUCAAGCUUUGAUAUCCAUGACAGGGACAUUUUCAAAGGCAAAAAGCUUUCUCAUAGUUUCCAGACACUUGACAAUAAAGGACAGCUAAAAACCCCUAGAUUCAACACUCAACAGGAGCGAUGUGGCCAGAAAGGGCGCUGCUGGGACACUGGCUGGGUCUUCUCAGCAUGUCUGGGCUACACAGGGAUGCCAGAAAGACAAAAGCAAAACACCUUUCAGUCUUUUUCCAUGAAGAACUGGCCUUUAAUUUCCUAUCUGAAGACUAAUUUAAUAUGCUUUUGUCAUGUUUUUUUAACCAUUAUUUGAUCCAUUAUCUUUACCAUCCUAGGAUCUGAUGUUGUCAGACAGGCGGACACCUUUUCUGACCGCUACACACACGCUGAGGCAGGGACACUGGACCAGCCUUUUGGCUAUUUCCUCAGUCCCUUAUCUCUUAAAUGAGGUUAGCCUGUUUACCUACAGUUUGAAACAGUUGAAACACUUAAAAGUUUUUAAAAGGUCUCUCACCAUAUUAUUAUUGAGUAUCCCGUAUCAGUUAAAGGCUUUUAAAUCAUUUCCCUCCCUCUUUCUGGAUGUUUCUGGAAUCAGUGGUAGAAAGUCCACGGGAGUCAAGAGCAAAGGGAUCUGUUAAAACAGCAAGUUUUAAAUCUGCACCAAAAGGCCGCAGUACAAGUGAGACCUUUAACUUUGGGGUUUGUGGCAGCUGUGUGAGGGCUGGCUUCAGGAGUCUGACCCCCGAGUGUUCUGUGCACACAACUCGGGAGACAUAAAAGAGGCAGCUGGUUUCUCGGAGAGAAACAUUUGCAUGGGGAAGACCAGGUCAAGGAAAACAGACCCCACUAUACCAUCGAAGAAACUCAGCAGGUGCCUUAUGGUCAAAGCCUGUUCCAAACUCUUAACGUCUUCUUAAUAACAAGAAUGAGGGGCCUGUUUGCUCAUCCUGAGGAGGUAAACUUCAGAGCUAGAGAAAUGGACUGGAAAGGCAGGACUUAGAAAAGCGGGCUAUGUAAGGAGGCCACUGUGUACAGCCCACUAGUGACUCUGAGCAUCCAUCCUCAGCUGAAUUCUAAUUCAUGGCCUUUGGGUUGUUGUUGGCUACUUUU